GAUCAACCACCACUGCAUGAACUGGUUACAAGUGAUUUCAUAGCUUCGAUUAGCAGUUGUCAUGUGCUUGUUCAUCUUCUCGUACUCACAACGUGCAAUUAUCACUGCUCUCUUUUCAACAACUCGAUUUUUGUAAUAGUUUCUCACACAAUUAAAAACCAUCUCGAAAAAAUGAGUCCCCUUUCCAUCAACCAAGUGAACGAGAUGGAGUACGAAGACUUUAUCUCCACUUUCGGCAACGUCGUGGAACACUGUUCCCUCUUCGCCGCAGCCAUUUGGUCACAACGUCCAUUUCAUGGCGUGAAACAGCUUCACAAAACAUUCUGCGACUUUAUCGACACUCUUCCGAAACUUGGCAAGGAAGGGAUUCUUCGUUCCCAUCCGGACCUUGCAGGUCGCAUAGCGGAACGGGGUCUUCUGACCACGGAGUCGACCAAGGAACAAUUAGCGGCUGAACUGAAUACUUUAACCCCCGAGGAAAAGGCCAAUCUGACCCGGCUUAACGAAGCAUACAAAACCAAGUUCGGUUUCCCCUUCGUAAUUUGUGCUCGAGAUAACAAAAAGGCUGCAAUUUUGUCAGGUUUGGAAGCCCGGUUGGAAAAUGAGACCGAGAAAGAAGUCAUCCAAGGAGUGGAAGAAGUUAAAAAGAUUGCCUUUUAUCGCUUACUCGAUAUCCUACAGCAUGAAGAGGCCGAGAAAUUAAUUGGCGGAUGGUGACUAAUCAAUCAACAAUGACUGUCAUGAAAUUGGAUCACGUUAAAGAAACUCUGCCUUUAUUGGAAACUUGUUAAUGCAGAAAUUAGGUUACAACUUUAUGUAAUUUGGUUUUCAAAUGUUGUCCAAUAAAAUUACUCCAUUCGAGCAAAUAUCUUAUAAUUUACCCCAGAAAUCUAGAUAACUAGCUGCACAUGAAAAACCUGCCAAUUUUUUGGCGAAUAAAAUUGUUCCAGGAGGAUACACAUAAUCGCACUAUUGAAUGCAAAUGAGAUGUACCAUAAUGUGGUCUCUGUAGCAGUUUUAUAUAUGCAACACAGUGGUGAUCGAGUGCUUCGUGUUGUGGUGUCAUCCACUAAAAGUUGGUACUUCUUAACCAUCCUCAGCCAUACGUGAGUGCGACGAUGAUGAUAACGCCACACAUGCACUGACUACAGCCUCAGCUUAUGUUUUAUGAUGCUCAACUCACUCGCUCAUGAUUUCGCUCUCUCGUCACAUUGCAACUCGCUGAAUCAGUUUGUUUUUGCACAACGACUUGGGCGGACUGGACCGUACGUACGCGUCAUCUAAAGUAGUCAGAGGUCUUGGCUGUACUCCGUAGCAUCAUCGUCACUAAUGUUGGAGGGAUAAGUGUGCAGCAGCGGAUAAGUCCGAGUCGCUCGAGAGGAAGGUGCGUCCUAUUUCCCGAAAUUGUCCUUUAAUGGGUCAAAACAUUGUUGUAUCAUCAAACAAGUUGGUGUGAAAGCAGGAUCGAAAUCGCCAGAAAAGUCCGUGGAGCUCCACUCCCCAGGACGUUAUUACAAAUUAUACGACUCUGGCCGGUGUCUCACCUGCAAUAAAGUUAAGGUGACCUUAUAUUAUGUGACAUUUAUGAGCUUUUGCGACAUUGUGGAGGUUUUUCUGCAACUGGGGCAAAAUCCUCGUGAUAUUUUUCGGACAUGCCUGAAUAUUAUUUACUACGGUGUAUGUGAACUCGAAUUGGUAGUGAUGUGUUCGUAAUAAUAAUACUUAAAGAAGUGGAAAAUAGUCAGUCGAGGAUCACCAGUCACUACAAAACGAUGCUCAUGACACGGACACAACAAUGUGGAACUGCAUUCAACCACCUCCACCAGGACGACAGGAGGCGAAUAAUUCUCGUCCUUGUGAUGUUCCUAAACUUCGCAGCGAGUGAGGCGCUCGAGCCCCCCGACAUUGUGAACCCCGGCCCCACAACGACUGUCCACGUGGGGUCAGAUCUCAUCCUAAUCUGUCACGGGGACGCUCCCCUGCAUUGGAUUGCUCCACGAGCUAUCGACGACCGAUUCACCUUUGAUCACAAGUCCAACGUCAACUCGUCCUCGGUGUCACGCCCUUACGCCAGCACACUGACCCUGUCGCCAGCCUCGGCGCAGGAUGUGGGCGUGUACGACUGCGUCUACAACUCCAGCUCGGAGGAAAGCAGUAUUUACGUGUUUGUGGAUGACGAAAUGAAUCCAGUGGUUGAUCUGAACUCGGAAUAUUCCAUCCUCACGGCACAUCCCGGAAUGAUGCUGAACAUCCCGUGCAAACCGACCAGCCCCAAUGUCACGAUUGAGAUCAAGUUCAAUACCAUCGAAUAUAUUGUGCUGACCAGGGAGAACUACAAUCCUCACAUCGGGCUCUUGAUUGACCCCGUGCUCACCUCUUCGGACGGAUUGUACACCUGCGUGGGGAGACGGGGCAGUGUCGAAAAGAGCAAAAUGUGGCUGGUCACGGUCACCCCGGCUCCGGACAAUGCGACGAGCUACACCCUGAGAACACCUUUGAUAUCUGCCACGGACGAGGGAGUGGUUCAACUAGGAUCCAAUUUUACCGUGGAGUGCAGAACGGUCGAGGAGAGCUACGUAUUCUACAAUAUCAAUUGGACAGAACCGGCUCAUGUCAUAAAUUCUGGAAGAGCCACCGUGAGCCUGGACCCGGUUAAAGAGCCCAAUUCGUCAGGAAACCGGAAGGCGUUCAAGGCCACGCUCACCGUGGUCAAUGCACAACGAGAAGACCGAGGGACCUAUAUCUGCGCCGUGUGGACGAGCAGUUCGCGUCGAAGCGCGAGCAAAUAUGUCAACGUGUAUGGUUCCGAGGAGCGUUUUCUGAACGUGACGACGGACAAGACGGACAUCGAGGAAAGGGGUGGUUUCGAUGCCAAGUGGGUCAUCAACAUCUCCAGCUACCCCACCGCUCUGGACUUCACGUGGAGAAAGGUCAACAGCGGAGAGAUCGGAAGAGACCCUGAUGACCCCAAGUACCAAAUUGAUAGGAAAGGUCCCCUCGUCGUACUCAAGAUACUCAACGCAUCUCUCAAGGACAGUGGGGCUUAUCAGUUUCUAGUUCGUUUGAGGGACUUUAGCGACGUCUUUAAGACGCUGGAGCUCCGCCUUACAGUCCUCGAUAAACCGGAAAUUUUCAUCAAGCCGAAAGAACCCGAAGCCUACUUUGAACAAGGCAAGAGCUACACUCUGACUUGUUCCGGGCGAGGAAACCCUCUUCCCAGCAUUUCUUGGUGGUUCAUGGAAAUACAAACAUUUCAAGAACUCGAGAGACGACCCGUGACCAACGGAUGCGUCAACACGAAAGGAAUGGAAAUGAUUAAACCCAUCAACACGACGACGACACCCACAUCGACUCUGUCUCCAAUGUGGGCUCGAACCUUUGCCUCGGCCACGAUAUCGUUCCGCCCGACCAAACAUGGUGUCUUGGUGUGCAAGGGGAGCAACGACGAAGGCGUUGGCUGUCUCCAAAGAGCUGUUAAAGUGAUUGACUUUCCUGGCGAUAAUGGCAAUCGAGGAUUCGGAGUCUCCGCUCCAGAAGAGUUUAUUGAUGAGGACCAAGUUCAACUGAGCUGUGCCUUGUCAAAAACGAAUGGAUGGAAAGAAUUGACCUGGCAAUUAAAGGAUCGUUCUGGAACGUUGAAAGAUUUCGUAGUAGACAACAGCUCGGUGCGUGUGGGCAGCUUGGAAACAAAAUGGUCAUGGCAGAAGAUUCUCACCUUUCCAAAAAUCAGUAAAGGACAGAAUGGAGAAUAUGUUUGCAUAUUGGGCACCACCGGAGAAAAUGAGACCGUUCUUGUAAAUGUGCAGGACAUGAUUCCUCCCAACAUCCACUCGACCAAUUUGAACCAGUCUGAAGUCACUUUCAAGGAGGGGGAACCCCCCGAGUUGCGUCUCUAUUGCAGGGCGAAUGGGAGACCCAGGCCAACAAUCGAGUGGACCAAGGACGGACUAAGCCCGUCCCAAUGGCCUGAAGAGAUCAAAUACACGGUUUCUGAGGAUGGAGAAAACCUCACAUUUUCCUACAUCCGGUCCAUCGCGUCGGGAAAGUAUGCUUGCACUGCGAGAAAUCGGAACGGAACGGCAAACGCGUAUAUGGACAUUGAAGUGGAAGGGAAUGGAAUACACCCCGCUCUCAUCGGACUCAUUGUGGUCUUUAUGGCCAUCAUUCUCAUCUUAAUGUUCUGCAUUAUUAAGAAAAACCACAACAAAGCCAAAAUGAAACGUUUCCUGUAUGAAAUUCAAAAAAAGGAGUUUGAAGAUGGAGCAGUAGAAAACAUAAAUCCAGAACUCGGGAUUGAAGACCAAGCCAAUCUCCUCCCGUACGACAACAUUUGGGAAUUUCCUCGAGACCGGUUACGCCUCGGGAUGCAGUUGGGUUCUGGUGCGUUUGGUCGUGUCAUGAAGGCCGAGGCGAUCGGGAUUAUCAAAAACGAGUCCGCGACCACCGUGGCUGUAAAAAUGAUUAAAACCAAUGCAGACGAGAGCCACAUUAAGGCAUUAAUGUCCGAAUUGAAAAUCAUGGUGCACCUUGGACGUCACGUCAAUGUGGUGAAUCUUUUGGGAGCUGUGACUACAAAUCUUGUGAAGAAGAAGGAACUAUUUGUCAUUGUGGAAUUCUGCAAGUAUGGAAGUCUCUUAAAUUACAUGCACCGACACAAACACACGUUCAUUAACCAGUUGGAUCCUCUCCGUGGCGUUAUUGAUUCCUCCAUUUAUCGCCAAAUGUCACGUGGUAGUGCACAAUCGGAAGCGCCACGACUGAAUUAUGCCUCCCUUACUUUCACGGACACUGGAAACUCCAGAACCGCAUCGAAUGGAUAUCGCACCUUGGAAGAGAUCCCUGUAGGCAUUUCGGGGAGCCCAGUUACACCAUGUGGCGUCGGUGGGGGUGGAUUUGAGGGGGGGUUGACAACAGAUGGUCGUCGCAGCGCGGAUUACCAGAUGGAAAGUAUGUGCACGGACAUGAGCUACAUUUCCAGCUCGCACAACACGGGGGGAGGAGGAGGUCAGCGACGUUCCUCAUGCGCAUCGUCGACAUGGGGGGACGAAGGCCAGGGGCAUUAUCGGGGUGAUUACCAACACGUGGAAGUGAGACCGAUACGAAGUGUGGAUCUUUUGGGGUGGGCCUUUCAGAUGGCAAGAGGGAUGGAAUACUUGGCGUCUAGAAAGGUUUUGCAUGGCGAUUUGGCAGCAAGGAAUGCUCUGCUGACGGAAGGCAAUGUAGUCAAGAUUUGUGAUUUUGGUCUGGCCAAGGAAAUGUACAAAGACUACAAAUACAAGAAAAAGAGCGAGGGCGUCCUCCUCCCAGUGAAGUGGAUGGCAAUCGAGUCCAUCUACUACGGCGUGUUUUCCACACAGUCAGACGUGUGGAGUUUCGGAGUGGUUCUUUGGGAGUUGUUCACACUGGGAAAAACGCCAUAUCCAGGAAUGGAUACAGACGACGGGUUCUUCAAAAAGCUGAAUGAAGGUUACCGCAUGGAGAAGCCGGCCCUCGCGCCUUCCUCAAUCUACGAUAUUAUGACGGAAUGCUGGGCCCACGAGUCCUCUGCACGCCCCACCUUCUCCACUCUGGUGGAUCGAAUCGGUGACCUCAUGGAGGAAGGUCACCGCCAACAAUACGUCGAUCUCAACGUCCCGUACGAUCGAAUGAACAAGGAGUGGUUGUCCGGGAAGGAAGACUACCUCAGUCGAAUGAGUGGACCCGAUUUUAUUUCCGCCAGUGCACGUCCCACCCCGGAACGCGAGUACGAAAACGUGUCAAAGGUCUUGGAAGACUCGGGAUAUCUCAUUCCAAACGCGGUCUCACCUCUGUCCCCAAAUCCCCCACAAACCCCUCCAACUCAGUACCAAAACAUUCUGCAUAGCCCAACCCCCCUUCCCACCACCCCAAGCGAGCCCACGGGACAGUUCCUUGCCAACAAUGCCGGCUACGUGUUUAUGAGCCGACCAGUCAGUGAGGGAACUCUGCCCUACGUCAAGGUUGGAUCGGUGGAGCAUGAACUCACCACCCCCACAGCUACGAACGUCGGCUAUGUCGCCAUAGGUUUAGGAGGCGGGGACAGAAUCUCGCAAGAGAACAACAAGAGUCACGGUGGUGGGAGUAGCAGCAGUGACGAGGACAACAAUCAACAGCAACAUUCAUCUUCACCCAACAAUGGUGGGGGUGGGAUCUCAAAUAUAAAUUAUGUUCCCAACAACAUGUUCCCACCACCCGCCCCCCUGGAGCAUGUCGUGGAGGAAGAUGCGGGCAGUGGUGGUGGUGAUCCCUUACCCUUAUCACCGACGAGAAAGACUGACAACAAUGCCUUGUUGACAACAAAACCCCACCCGAACGGGUCUCGGCGUCACCUCCGUCGCCAAAAGAACGAUAGCGGACUAGGCUCAAUAGACUCGAACCAGUUUGAGUCUACAGUCCGGGGUGGGGAUGAGGAUGAAGAGGUUCUCGAUAUCAUGGAGGGAGGAGGAGUGAUACCCUCGCAGCACAAUUUAACCUAUGUUUCGCACUCUAUCCCUAAUUUUGCUACCGGAAAUGGGACUCAUUCGCACACCAAUGGGGGCAUCGUUCUGAAUGGCAAUGGGGUCAUUGUUUAAUCUUCAGAAUAGUACGUGUGCAAUCCGCUACCCACCAUCACUCCAAUUACCAUAUUGACUGAUGCAUGCAAAAGGAAAUUGGAAAGUUUGCAAGGAUAAUGUUUCAUUUACUUAAUGCCAAAUAAUCAGUCAUCACGUACAAUUUGUGUAGUUAGUCAUCGGAGGAGAGAGAAUUUACAUAUUUAAAAAUUUAGCACUUUUGUGUUUCAAAUGAGCAAUGUUUUUUUACGUAAAUGUACCGUCACUACCACAUAUUUUUACUUGAGUACGUUUUGUUGAGUUUGUACAUUUUUAUUGCUAUUAUGGAUAGGCUUAUCCUACUAUUAGAUAUUUUAUUAUGCUGGGUAAGUUACAAAUUGCCUAGUUCUCGUGACCUGAUCACAUAUUUAUAUUAAGUUCGCGCUUAUCAUAAAACAAAAAAAUUAAUGUUCUUUCGUCUGAUAAACGUAAUUGAUGGAAUAAACUGAGUGUUGGAUUUUACGAAAAAAUAA